GACCCACAACACAAGGCUUUACGACCGGCUCUACUGCUGUCGGGAUGGCCCGGAUCGCUUCGGACUCGAUGACGUCUUUGCAACCUCGAUCUUCCCGGCCGUCGUCUGCCCGCCAACACCAACAGCAGCCGAGGCGCAGUGACAGCAGCGGUGGCGACUGCUGCUGCAGCAGCAACUACGGCAGCAGCGGCAGCAGGGACGAAGAAGACGGCGCCGCCAAUAGCGCUGCAAGCGAGACGCCGUCACCACCACCACCACCACCCCUCCCGCCGACAUUUCCACCAUCAAAACGCAGACGUCGCUUCGCUACUUCGGUCCUGGGGGUAUCCUUUCUUCUGGCAGUUGCUGCGUUGUUUCGCCCCGUACCCACCGGGCCACGGCCAGGUGGCCCGAGCAGCUACCGACGAACUAAUGAUGACGGCGGCAGGGACAACAGCAGCAUCGUGCCAGAGCUGCCGUUCCUGGAGGGAGCGGACGGCGCGGAGUGGGAAGGGAGGGCGGGCGCGGCUCGCUGGAUGCGCGUGCGGUCGUCGGGUGCCAUGCACCCGGCGAUGUACGUCCCGGGCGAUGGGAUGAUCUACUGUCCGAUAGCCAAGGUGGCUUGUGCGGAAUGGCGGAAGACGCUGAGAUGGAUGCUCGGGAUACCGGACUGGGAUACGGGACCAAUACACGACCAGGGGAAGAACGGAAUACCGCUGCUUGCCCGGAGAAAGGCCCGCGACAUCGAGCUUAUGAUGAACGACGAUAGCUGGCUCAAGUUUGUCGUGGUGCGAGAUCCGGCUGACAGGCUGCUGUCGGCUUUCUUGAACAAGUGCUUGGGCGGGGAGUGGCAGAACUGCCCGUACACGGAGUUCAUGCCGCAGCGUUUCCCCGGGGUGUCGAAACGCGAUGCCGCAACAGACACCAAAUUCCGCGCGGCGAUAAACGACGAGCCCCGAAAGGUGUUCCGCGACUUCAUGCUCGGGGUGCAAAAGGACGUGAGGCUGAGGGGUUGCAAGGUCAACUCGCACUGGCGGCCUCAGCACUGCUUCUGCUCGAUCGCCCGGUUCAGAGAGUCUUACCACGUGGUACCCUUCGCGAACAUGUCGGCAAACGGAGGCGGUGAACCUGGUGGAUCACAUGCGGAGGCCUUCCCCGGACCGUGCGGUGCUGCUGAGGGAGUUCAUAGUGAAGCGGUUCAGCAGCAACCAGGACGCGAAGGCGCAGGGUGCCACCAGCAAGAGGGAGAGGUACUUUUCGAAGGAGGCGCUGGAAGCCAUCAAGAUGGUGUACGGCAAGGACUACUCUCUCUUCGGCGAGUACUUCGAGGAGCACUCCGCUUCAAGCUNGGGGGGGGGGGGGGGGGGGAGUCGAUGCCCGAUGCGGCAGACCCAAAAUACGUAGCACGUAGUUGGUUCGUGUCGCCCGCUUUGGCCCUUAUUUCGAUAGCGUGUCUUAGAUGUAUCAGUGCAGUCCAACGGCCCCCCGACGAGACCUAGCUUCGUUUUUUUAGAGCCACACGUCGGUCGAAGCUGGACCACUCAGCAGCAGUGGCAGUGGCAGACAGACAGACCGUGACGUACCCUCGUAGAGAUUCGACUUUUCCAGGCGCCUUCAAUAGUCUUGAGCCGCUUGCGAUUCUGGUCUGCUCUUUUCGGCCGCCCUUGCUGGGCUCAACCAUGGUGUUACAGCAGUUUUCGAGUAUAUACAGACAGACAGGUCUCCAGGUGUUUCAUCGGCUUUUGCCGCUUUGGUUGUUUUUUGUGUUGUGGACUUUGUUGUGAGGUUACGUUGGUGUUGGUGUUGGCCGGGAGAUAUACUCAUUUGGUUGUCAUGAAGGUUGAGCGGGAUGUAUGUGUGUGUGGAUUUGUGUAGUUUUCUGCGCCUCAUGUUUUCUCUGUCCGCGGCCCUCAUCGCCGCGGUCACACCCACCGAUCUGGGAAGGAACUAAGUAGAACGCAUGCUCCGAGUCAAGCUCUUUUACACUGUGUCGCGCGAAGAGACGCGCGUCAUGGCAGCAAAGCGGUACAAUACGACCUUGGAGUUAGUGCAAAGCCUUGAGAGCGCAUGUAAAGCAUAUCUGUAUCGGUCUUCAACUGUUACUCUAUUUUGAAACGCAGCAGGUACUGCGUAGAGUAGCUUCUCCUUGGAGAAUGAGGGCGGCGUGCGGGUAGGGGGGGAGGGUGGGGGGGGGUACUCAAGAGGUUCGUGAAGAUGAAGUUGAAGUUAAUACUCUUUUUUAACACGAUAGACCCUAUUUCUACCACACACCGGAAAGGCGCGCAAACCACGUCAGACACACCUCGAAGGUGUUCCGAGUCAGUUUUUUUUUUUUUGUGGGGGGGGGAAAGGGGGUCACAGUCCGGAUGUCCCAUAGAACGCGGCGUCGUCAUCGUUCGAGUUAUUCGCUCAUGUUGAUUUGGAUCUUCGUGCGAUGCGGGUUAAUAAUGCACCCACGGCGAAGAGCAAAUACUCUUCCACUCUGAUGCCUUUUUCUGCUGAGGAUAUUUUGAGCGAUGUCCACUUUUGUAGCGGGCGAUAUUGGUGCUCGUGUGCGGCGGGUUCAUGGAUGCCCCCCACCCUAUGUGACGUGCUUGCUGCCGGCCCCCGUAUUGUUCCCGAUUGAACUAAUACGCUCCUUGUUAAAAAUGGUCGUUUUCCAUGGUUCGAUGCUCUUUGGUUGUGCGUGCGGCAUACAGAGGGAGCAGGUUGGAGGUCCAUUCGGUGAGAGCACGUGGAGCGCCACAGACGCCACGUGCGGGCAACGAUUUUUUUUCGUGUUUCUCUCGGUGCCGGGUACCAGGCUGCAGGUUAGAAGCUUUUUUUUUGUCUCAGGGCUUUUGCGUGUUUUGUACCAUGCGGCAGUGAGUGCUUCCGUGACCCGGGCGCUAGGCCUGUUGCCAAGCAGGUAUGAUGUGUAUGUACUGUGGAAGGGGAUGUGUAGGUCUCCUAGGCACUCCCCCGUAUUUUUUUCCCACAGCGGUAGUCGUGCAACCCGUUUUCUUUGGGCGGCCACACAAUGUGUAAAUCGCCGUCUUGGACGGAAGAUCCUCGGUAGGUAUUAAAGUUAAUUCGUGCCGUGAUUCCAAAUGCACCAGU